AUGACAAUCGAUCUUUUGCACAUCUCCGUUACGCAAGUUCCGACGCAAGACUGGGUGCGUGCAACUCAACAACAGUUUGCGCCUAUCGUUAUUCCUCCUCAUUUGGCCAUAGUGCCAACAUGGCAUGACCUCCCAGAGGGCAUAGCUCAUACCAUCCGUUUAGACCCAGGCCUUGCUUUUGGUACAGGUUCACACCCAACAACACAAUUAUGCUUAGAAUGGUUAUGUGCCAACCAAGCUCAUUUGGCCAAUUUUGACGUGAUGGACUAUGGCUGUGGCUCUGGAAUACUUGCCAUUGCUGCAGCACGAUUAGGGGCUAAAUCGGUUGAUGCCACCGAUAUUGACCCCAAUGCGGUACAAUCUACGGCAGAUAAUGCGGCUUAUAACGAUGUUGAACUGGACACGGGAUUACCUGAAGUGUUUAUGGGGCAACAUUACGAAGUGGUUCUUGCCAACAUUCUUGCCAACCCCUUGCAAGUUUUGGCCCCCAUGCUCUGUGAGAAGGUUAACACCCAUGGCUUUUUAGUUUUAUCUGGCAUUUUGGUUGAGCAAGUGGAAUUAUUAACGGCCUGUUACGCCCCGUGGAUACCCUUAACCGUCUGGCAAGAAAAGGAUGGUUGGCCCAGAGUUCAUAAUCUCGUUGCAGACACGUUGCCUGAACCCUUGACUCCCCCUCCGUCUUCAGACAGAGGUAUAGGCAACUCGAUUGGCUUGGCAGCGGGUGGAGCGGCACUGGCUACGGGUGGGACGAUGCUCGCGAAUCAUUUCCUUAAUGAUGCCAGUGACCCCAUUGAUAAUAAAACAGAGCGUGUUGUUGAUAACACACUGGGUUUUUUACGUGAAGAUGCAACUGACCUCCAGUCCACGCCGAAUACACAAAUUGCCCAAGCCCAAGCCGAUGAAAUUUGGUCCUCUUCUGCAAGUUCCCUAGCGGCCACAGACACGAUUGUUGGGGAUAAAGUUGAUGAUGUGGCGCAAUGGGUAGACCACAAAGUUGUUGAUCCUGUAGUUGAUACGACCAAAGAUGCCGCUAACUGGGUCGAUGAUAAAGUUAUUGAUCCUGUUGUUGAUACGACCAAAGAUGCUGCGCAGUGGGUUGAAAAUAAAGUGGACCAAGUUGUAACCCCCGAUCAUGAUCCUAUGCUCGACAUGAACUGGAGUUCCUCACCAGCCGCUGCCAGUCCAUCUUCCAGUGUUGGAGUUUCGGCUACCACCCUUGCUACAGGCGCAGCUUUAGCAGCUGGCGGUGUGGCCGUUGCUGAUGCGCUUACUCCAGAUGCCCCAACAACCGAGAAAGCUAAGCCGAAGAUCGAAAUCAAAGAAUUUAACAACACCGAUAACGCAGCAAAA